AAACCCUAAAAUAAUUUGGUAAUGUUUAAGGUUAAACUUUUCAGGAAAAACCCUAGACACGAAUACUUCCGCUAUUACAGUGAUACAAGAAAAUUUAAGCUAAAGGGUUUUGUUUUGGGGUUAAAUGGGUACCAAGAAGAGAAGUAGCAACUCCAUGGAGGAGGUGGCGGAGGGUCAAGAAGAAGUAGCUGCUGAUAAUGCGGUUUCGAAGCCAUUGAAGAAGAAAACGAAGAAGGGUAGCAAGAAAGAUGAAGAGAUGAUGGAUGGAGAUGGGGCUGCCGCUCCUUCAUCUCUUCCUAGCUCUGUUAAACCUAUGGAGAGACAAAAGAAGAGGAAAGCAUUGGACAAAGAGAGGCGACGUUCGGCAUUAGAAAAUAAAGAGUCUGAGCAUAAACAAAUGCCUGUAGAAUCGAAAGCUAGUAAUGUUCAGACCUGGGUGGCGUCUACAUCAACUAGCGUUUUGCCUGAGUUCCACAUAAGUGUUUUUCAGGACUUGGCAUCGGCUGAUGCUUCUGUAAGAGAAGCAGCAGUUGAAAGAUUGGUGGGAGAGCUGCAGGCGGUUCAGAAGGCCUAUGACAGGCUUGAUAAUAAGUCCUUGGUAGAGGAUGGAACAAAACUGGAAGCUGAAAAAGAUGAUGGCUUGAAUAACUGUGCGCCAUCAUUGAGAUAUGCUGUGCGUAGGCUUAUUCGCGGCAUUUCUUCUUCAAGAGAGUGUGCAAGACAAGGUUUUGCAUUGGGUUUGUCUAUCUUAGUUAGAACCAUUCCUAACAUCAAAGUAGAUUCCUUGCUGAAACUUAUAGUUGAUCUCUUAGAAGUCUCUUCAUCAAUGAAGGGUCAGGAAGUGAGGGAUUGUCUCUUGGGUCGCUUAUUUGCAUAUGGUGCUCUUGCUCGAUCUGACAGACUUAUUAAAGAGUGUGCUGCUGAUAAAAACACUCCAUAUAUUAAGGAAUUUAUCAGUGCCCUUAUCUCCCUUGCAGUAAAAAAGCGUUAUUUGCAGGAGCCAGCUGUCUCUAUUAUUUUGGAGUUGGUUGAGAAGUUGCCUGCUGAUGCCUUCAUGAGUCAUAUUCUUGAAGCUCCAGGAAUCCAUGAGUGGUUUGAAGGAGCCACUGAUGCAGGGAACCCUGAUGCUUUGCUUUUAGCUUUAAAAAUUGGUGAAAAAGUUUCAGAUGACAUCAUGGUGUUUGGAAAGCUUUUGCCAAGCCCAUUUAAUUCAAGCAAAUUUUUUUCUACUGAUCAUCUCUCAUCCAUUGAUAACUGCUUGAAGGAAUCCACAUUUUGUCAGCCUCGUGUUCACAGUGUAUGGAAUGUCCUGGUACACAUGCUCCUACCUGAUACCAUUCUGCAAUCUGAAGAUGCAGCAUCAAUUUCUAACUCCUUGAAGAAGCAUAAAAAGAGUCGCAAGUCUAGCUCUUCAGAAGAGGAAAUUGAAAAAAAUGUGCAGCGUUUUUGUGAGGUUGUUAUUGAAGGAUCCCUCCUCCAAUCUUCUCAUGACCGCAAGCACUUGGCCCUUGAUAUUCUGCUUCUUCUCUUUCCUAGGUUGCCAUCGUCUUUUAUUCCAAUAGUUCUGUCCUAUAAAGUUGUCCAAUGCUUGAUGGAUAUUCUUUCUACAAAGGACUCUUGGCUGUAUAAAGUUGCACAGCAUUUUCUUAAAGAAUUAUUAGAGUGGGUUAGGAAUGAUGAUGUCAAAAGAGUAGCUGUUAUUGUGGCUUUACAGAGGCAUAGCAAUGGAAAAUUUGAUAGCAUUACAAAGAUGAAAACAGUCAAAGAUUUGAUGACAGAGUUCAGAACAGAAACUGGUUGCAUGCUGUUUAUUCAGAACUUAACAAAAAUGUUCAUAGACGAAGGUCAAGUUUCUGAAGAACCUUCAGAUCAAAGUCAGACAACAGAUGAUAAUUCAGAGAUAGGCUCAGUUGAGGACAAGUAUUCUGGUGUUAUGUUGGGAAGUUCAGAUUUUUUAAAGAGUUGGGUUAUAGAAUCUCUUCCUAGCAUUCUGAAACAUUUAAAGGUGGACCCAGAUGCCAAUCUUCGGCUGCAGAAAGAAAUGCUAAAGUUCCUAGCUGUUCAAGGUCUAUUCUCUGCUUCUCUGGGGAAUGAAGUCACAUCAUUUGAGUUACAGGAGAAGUUCAGGUGGCCAAAAGCAGCCACCUCUAGUGCCCUUUGCAAAAUGUGCAUUGAGCAGCUCCAGUCAUUGCUGGCAAAUGCUCAAAAGGUUGAGGAGCCGUGGUCUAUAGUAAAUGGCCUUGAGCCAAAUGAUCUUAGUUCCUAUUUUAUGCGGUUCCUUAGCACAUUGCGCAACAUUCCCUCAGUUUCUUUCUUCCAAAACUUGAGUGAUGAUGAUGAAAAUGCUAUCAAAAAAUUGCAGGAAAUGGAAACUAGGCUUUCUAGAGAGGUAAUGUAUGCCUUCCAUGGUUUGGAUUAAUGUUCUUGACUAUGGUUUGAAGUUAACAGUAAUUAUUUUAUGUUCUUGAACAAUUCAUGAUUUCAUGUUAAAUGUACUUGUUAAGGCAACUAUGACUGAAAGAUUGGUGGAUAGGUUAUG